UGCUCCCGCCCCAUCUUGACCGCGCCGCCGCGGGCGCUGGGCCUGGGCUUCAGACUGAAUUGCGUGCGGAUCCCGUGUAUCUUUCGAGAGGUGGCCGUAAAGGCCUGGCGGUUUCGUCCCAUCUAGUGUCUAAGAGGUUUUAAAGGUGCAGCGCCAGGCUUACAAGCUCUUAUUUUCGAUUUUUGAUGAAAUUGAGUCAUGAAACUGUAACCAUUGAAUUAAAGAAUGGAACACAGGUCCAUGGAACAAUCACAGGUGUAGAUGUCAGCAUGAAUACACAUCUUAAAGCAGUGAAAAUGACUUUGAAGAAUAGAGAACCAGUACAACUGGAAACACUGAGUAUUCGAGGAAAUAACAUUCGAUAUUUUAUUCUGCCAGACAGCUUACCUCUGGAUACACUACUUGUGGAUGUUGAACCGAAGGUGAAAUCUAAGAAAAGGGAAGCUGUUGCAGGAAGAGGCCGAGGCCGAGGAAGAGGAAGAGGACGUGGUCGGGGUAGAGGAAGAGGGGGUCCUAGGCGAUAAUGUCUCUCAAGAUUACUAUUUCAAAGUGAUAUGUGAUUUGGAAUAUUUUUUGUACAGGCUUUGUUUAUGUCAGUUUUUAAUAAACAUAAAUGUAGGA